AUGACCAGGAUGCUCGAGUUGCGUGGAUUUAGCGUCGAUCGCGGCUGCUUCCUGUUGACCACAGCGCAUUCAGAAGACUGCAACAAAGACAGCAAGCUCUGCGGGUCGUCAGCAAUGACUGUUCAUAUAUUAGAACGUGACUUUGUAGAUUUCCAGAGGUGGGACCGCCUCUUACGUCGUGCCUCGUCCUUGUCGUCCUCUUGCGAACGUUUUCCAACCAAACGACUGCGUAAACUGUCGAGGAUCAAUUGGAUACGAGGUAAAAAAAGUGCUGGUUGGCGUCUAGAGCUGCAAAAGAAUGUGAAAGCGUGCGAAAACUGGCUCAACGCUGCGUUCACACAGUUGUCGACGCUGCAACAGCAGGAGUUUUUGGACGAUGAUCUGUACACUGCAGCCAAGCGCAAGCGGAUGGCUCUUCGUGAGGACAACAAGCAUGCAAGAGACCUGCAGCAGUACUUUACCAGCAAAGAACUGGUAGAUUUCGUGAUUAGAAGAGUGCUGGAGCACGUGAAGGAGAGAGAUGUGGUGUGGCUCGAACCGUCCUGUGGUGACGGCCGGUUUUUGACGGCACUGCUACGAGCAGGCGCACAAUAUGUUGUCGGGUAUGAAAUCGACGAGAAAUUGCAGAGCAUUGCAGAGAAAAAGGUACAGCUAUCGGCUACGAGUGUUGCUGGAACUAUUCCAGAUGAAGGCAGCAGUGUGCGAGCCCAGGUCUGUCUUGGCGACUUCCUCGUGUCUAGGAGUUGUAUAACUACAGACAAGGUGGUAGUGGCGAUUGGCAACCCACCGUUUGGUGCACGGGGUGACGACGGACGAGACCUGGUGCAUCAUUUCUUCCAGCAUGCAGCUCGAGAGUGGCGAGCUGGUGUCAUGGCGUUCAUCGUACCGGAGAGGUGCUCUCGUCCAACGUUCAUCGAGACGACCUUACAACAGCUCAAUGGCCUGCAAUCUGACGAGACUAAUCUGUCAUCCUGGAAAUUGAUAGCACAGUUGCCACUCACGGACUAUCAGUUCGAGUUUCGUGAACGCGACAAGCUUAAGCUCGUACGACAGCCCAGUGUGUUCCAGCUAUUCGUCCAAAAUGAAUAA